AUGGUGCGGUUGGACUGGGUUUCUACUGAAGACGGUUCUCACAUCCUUACUGCUGGAAUCGCUGCGACUAUCUACAUGUACACACAGAUGUCCCUUGAUCCUGCACAACAAAAUGUGGCUUUGAUGAGAGAAAGCGAUACCAGUAUGAGGCGUCCAUCGCUUAGGAAAGCUUCAUCUCUCGUCGGUCAUGCGCAUUCUUACAGUCGCCUGACUCGCUGGGUGUGCACGAGAGUGCUCGAGUUACAAUCGGCUGAUGGUUUGCCUCCAGUGCCGACUACACUAGGUUGGGCUCGAGAUGGUUUACUCAUCGUUGGAAUGCAAAGUGAGAUGCGUGUAUACAACCAAUGGAACCUCCAGCGACGAGGCAAUGAAUCGGCAAUGCCUCAUCGCGAGCCGACCAAUCCACAGAUGCUCACAUUGGCCCUUUCUCAAUCGCAUUCAAUGCUCGACCAACUUCAGAAGAAGAAAGAAAUGACACCAUCCAAGAGCAGAUUAUUCCUAGAUCUGAUGAACAAGACAUAUGCCAAUAAGGAUCCAAACUCUUCAAUGGUCUUAGAUGCACUUUCCGGAGAAGGCCUUUUUGAAGCUGCUCGC